CUCUCAUUUCAUAACCAGCACAAAGAUGUCCAGACCUGUCGGAGGUUACGGUGACAUCACAAAUCUACAUCCAGAGAUACACAGCAUCUGUGAGAAGGUUAGACCAGAUGUGGAGAAGAAAGCUGAUCAGAAAUUUCAUACCUUCAUUCCCAUAAGUUUUAUCAAACAAAUCGUUUCUGGAACAAACUACAUAGUCAAGGUAUAUGUUGGAUAUGCAGGAGCUGAUGAGUGCAUACAUGUGAAGGUGUCUCACGCUCUGCCGUGUGAUGGAGGGAAACUGGAGUUCCUCGGAGACCAGUACCCCAAAACUAAAGCAGACAUUAUAACACCAUUUUAA